CAACAUUCGUUUAUGAACAAUAGUGAAAAUUUCUUGGAGGGUGUUAAGUAGGUUAAUACACUCGGAAGCGCGCCGUUCGUGGGUGAUGAAUGGCCCUCGGGCUUCGCCCUCGGGCCAUUCUCACCCACGAACGGCUCGCUCCUCGUGUAUUAUCCUUAACGGAAUGCUUUGGACGAAACUGUGUUCGUGAGCUGGUGUAUGAAGCUGGUGUAUGGUUUUUCACUGUGUUCUCGAAAUGUGUAAUACCCACUGAACUGAACUGAAACAGAUUUUUUGGAUGUCGCUGCAACGUCAGACUUUGUCUCCAGUGUACCCGUCAAUCAACUAUAGCCCCGCCCAUAGACAAACUUUCCUCACUUGCUGCCAGCUACAGCGGCAACUCUAGAACUCGAUACAAAGAUCUAAAACUGAAUCGAGCUCCGACAAAGGGUAUUACCAAAGAGUUGCCAGUUGUGUUGGAGAGUAUUUUCCAACUCGUCACGGCAUUUUUGGUCCAAGCCGGCUCACCGUGAAGAAGACAUGGCGUACAUGUUUUGGAGUUUACUCCUUUGCAUAGUCGUGGGAUCUCACACGACCUAUUCCUGGACCGCACCUGGCGGUGUGUGCGACGUGGACAUUAACAAACCUCGGACGGCUCAGUUCCAGUAUAACCUUGACCAAAUCGAAAUCCGAGAUGCCGAUCGGGAGUAUUGGAGGGACCAAGCCCGGGACACCAUGAAAGACGCCAUUGACCUCGCCAAGAAACUUGACACCACGACCAUGGCCAAGAACAUCAUCUUGUUCAUCGGUGACGGCAUGAGCCUCCCGACCGUGACAGGAGCCCGGAUCCUGAAGGGUCAGAAAAUCGAAAUGCCCGGGGAGGAGAAGUUCCUGUCCUUCGAGCAGUUCCCUUACGUCGGAAUGUCCAAGACGUACAACGUGGACUCUCAAGUUGCCGACUGUGCCAGCACGGCAACGGCCCUACUGACUGGCGUCAAGACCAAGAACCGCAUGAUCGGGCUGAACGGCAAGGCGAUACCCGGUGACUGUACCUCGGCAGCUGGGAAAGAGGUGGAUUCCAUCCUGAAAGUGGCUAAAAACGCGGGUUGGAAUGUAGGCAUCGUCACGACUGCCGCCCUCGUGAACAGUACGCCGGCCGCUGCCUACGCCCAUACUCCGGAGGAGAAGUGGACAUACACCGUGCCUGGUGGAUGCGCAGUGCAAGACAUUGCCACACAGUUCGUCAGGAGCGAUUUCGAUAUCGACGUUGCCCUCGGUGGAGGGCGCUCAUUCUUUAUGAGGAACACUGACACCGACCCGGAUUCCGGAACCAAAGGGAAACGAACGGAUGGCGUGGACCUCAUCGCGGAAUGGAAGAACAAGUAUUCAUCCGGCACCUCGAGAUAUGUCACCAAAAAAGCAGAUCUGUUGGCGCUGUCCUCUUCCACUAAUUACGUACUUGGGAUGUUUCAUCCAGAUGACAUGUCAUACAACGACAGGAAGUCGUCCAAGGAACCGAGCCUGACAGAAAUGACUGAAACGGCACUGCAACUUCUACAGAACAAGAACAAGCAAUACUUGCUCGUUGUGGAAGGAGCACAUAUCAACACGGGACACCGCGAGAACAAGGCCGGCCAGGCACUCCACGAGACACUGGCCAUGGACGCGGCCGUCGAGAAAGCGAUGGUCAUGACAAGCGACGAUGACACCAUGGUGAUUGUCACCGCAGAUCACGGCCACACCAUGACCAUGGCCGGCUACCCUUGCAGGGGACAGCCCAUUCUAGGAAAAGUUUAUGCGAAAGAAGAUUUUGCACAAUACUGCGACGAACUGCCCUACACGCAACUUGGCUAUUCCAACGGUCCAUCAGCCCCUCAAGUACAGCAGUCCCUAAAGGAUGGCAAAGGGCGCCCUCGUCUGGACAGCGUGGACACAGAGGACCUGGACUACCAAGCCCAGUCCUUUAUCCCGUUAGCGGCGGCAACACACGGUGGGGAGGAUGUCCAAAUCUUCGCCAGCGGUCCGAUGUCCCACCUGGCCCAGGGAGUACACGACCAAACCUACAUCAACGCCUUGAUGCUGUACGCCGGCUGCUUGGGACGACACAGUCACGCUUCCUGCAAACAAUACUGAUUUUAUUUCAACCAGUCCUUGAAAAAAAUAACAUAACUUGACUUGAGCAAAUUUUCGGGAUCCGGCUUAUCAAACAUGAUAACUUUUUGUUUAUAAUAUUUCCAGCGCCGUGUUUGAAACUUGAGAUCAACUCUCUGCUCGCAGUAAGAAAAAAAUAUUAUUUUUUUUACUUGCUUCAUAAAUUCCUGUUAAUGUACCCUUAAGGAGACAUUUCUUUCGUCAUUAGUUAUACCUUAGGGAGACACCGGACAUUACCAAGACUUUUUUAAUGUCUCUCUCAUGUCACAAAUCCUUUUAGAGGCAACAUUUUGCCGUCGCAAACAGGCUACAUCGAUUGCUCGUGGUCCAUAACAUAAAUAUAAAAGAAUUUGUGGUGGUAGGAUAAGGUAAAAUUGGGGUAUAGGGUCAUUAAAGUUGGAAUUAUUUUGUGCACAAUCCUAUGGGAAUGUUUCCCUAAAGUACCAUUUCCCCGUAAUAAUAAUCAUUAUAAUUGUUAAUGUUCUGCUUUCAUGCGGUUUGUUUUAACAAAUAAAGCACAUGUCCUUCAUGUGUCCAUGAAGGACAAAGUGUUUUAUUUGUUUGCAACAAUUUGCAGUCGAUCAUUUCAGAAGCAACUAUACGUUUGUUGUUAUAACAAGAAUACUUUAAAAAUACGAAAUUAAUUCAAUAAUUUUCGAGGUAUAGGCCUAUCAGUGCAAUGAUCUUGGGGAAAGCAAACAAAAUAAAAUCCUUUAACAUGAAAUAAAUACUUGUUGACAACAUGUAUAAAACUGAUAUUUUUGGUGUACAUGUAAUUGUAACAUGAAGAAAAGUCAGGCACGUACGAACAAGUUAACAAUUAGUCAAUUAUGAAUAUGAAUGAGUAGAGUCAUGAACAUGUACGGGAUAAU